AUGUCGCCCGUCUCAGUUGACGGAAGCGACUGGUCGGGGCUCAAUCAAUACCAGAAGUCGGAUGCGCCCUUCUCCCCAACCUUCUCGAGUCGCAGCAAUCUGGCGACACCUCCUACCUCCGGAGUACCGACCGAUCCCAACGGUACUGGCGUUCCAAGUGGCUCAUCUUCGCAGUUGAGCGACUCGGGCAACCCAUCUCCGCCUAACUCCGUUGCUGCAAGAUCAAGCAACGGCACACUGGGCGACCAGCGUAGCAGGCGGCAGCGGCAGGUGGAGGAGAUUCUGGCCCAGCAUUAUUCCGCUUUACGAAGGUUCCUCUAUUCGAGUUAUCGAGACGAGCGGUCGAACAGAAAGUCAAGCAAAGCACAGGAUAAGCUCCUCCGGCUAUCGCCGACCCAGUUCCAUGAGCUCAGCACAGACGUUUACGAUGAGCUGCUUCGGCGGCAGCAGGCUAUGCCGUCUCCUAAUCGGCCAGCGCGCCCCGAAGUCCCACCUUUUCUCCCGCCGCGAAGCGAUUUCCACGAAAAGCGCAACCAGGCGCGUCAGAAACUUGCCUCGCUCCAGCACCAGCGCUUUAGAGACCUCGGUGCCGAUGUCUUCAACGAACUAGAACGACGGUUUCCUCAUUUUCCCGCGAGGGACUCUCGCCGAGCUAGCCCUGCGCCUAGCCUUCGCGGCCGCCCCCCGCCCAACGGACUUGGACCUGGAGGAUACCCUCCACCGCCUGGUAGUCGGCGCUCACAAUCGCGAGGUCCGCCCCGGAUGGGAAGAGGUUAUCCUUCUGGCGGCCCUCCUGGAAGCCCGAUGUAUCCUCCUCGGAAAAUGUCUCUUAGUAGCAAUGCGGGUAUGAAUGGUGAGGGUCCCAUGGCCAAGUCCUUCCAGAGCAACAUGAUUGUUCCCAACAAGAGCACCAUGGUGGAAGAUGAUGACGAUGGGGCUGGCACCGAAGAUGAAUAUGAUUCGCGGAGUGAUGCAUUCGCUCUUGACUCAUUCAUUCGGAGUAGGCGCGGAACUGGAACGACAAUCGGCGAAAGUGACAGAAAACUCCUGGCAGAUACGCAAUCACAGGUAUCAACAUUGCAAGAGAAGGUCAGCAAACUCGAAGAGUUGCUUAAAACGAAAGACCAGGAAAUCAGCAAGUUUCAAGAAGGCCGCCAGGAAGUGGACAAGCUGGAGGAAUUGCUCAAGGAAAAAGAAGAGGAAAUUUCAAGGUACCAGGAGGAUCAGGACAAGUCUCAGGUAAGCAACGCUGAAAGACAAGAAUGGGAUGGGAUCAAAUAUGAGCUUGAAAACAAGAUACACAAGGCGGAAGACCUGAAUAGCUCCUUGCAGCUAGAGCUUGAAAAGGUUCGAGCAGAACACGAGGCCGUCGAAAGGGAUCUGCAAGGUCAACUCUCGGGGGCUCCAAGGCGUGAAGGCGGAGAUGCUGAACUGCAGGCUCAGUUCGCUGAUCUCGAGAUCAAGCACCAGAAGUUACAAAUGGAGCUGCGGGAGCAACAACAGGUGACGGAAGAAGUUCGACGAGAGGCUGCUGGUUUCUUAAUGGAGAUGAGAGAGCUAUCAGAACAAAGCCACUCUAGAUUGGAGCAUGAAGAGCGAUUAUCAGAAGAGGUGCACAAAUUGGAAGAUGAACUCAAUGUCUGGAAGGGUCGGUAUGCCAAAGCGAAGGCACAACUGCGGCACCUUCGUACAUCCUCUGCUGGAAUUUCAGAUCUACGUUCUGAUGUCAACACUGUGGCUAAGGAUAACGAAUUCCUGCACGAAGACGGCGUCAUCAAAGAUGUCCAUGUUACGAAGUUCCAGAUCUCCAUUGACGAACUUAUACGUAUUGCACGAUCCGACGACCACCAGCAUGUUAUGCAGCAAAUCAAGGCCGUUGUUAUCUCUGUCCGCCACAUCCUGCAGGACGUUCAACAGACUAAACAUGCUGAAUCAGCGGAAUGCGCCAAAGCUACACGCAAGGUGUCUGCAACAGCGAACAACCUGAUUACAGCCUCGAAGAAUUUCACUAGCUCGAGCGGCCUAUCUCCCAUCUCUCUCCUGGAUGCUGCUGCUUCGCACAUGUCGACUGCCGUUAUCGACCUCAUUCGUCUUGUAAAGAUUCGGCCAACACCGGCUGAUGAACUUAACGACGAUGACGAGGAUCUGUUCGCGCAAAUGAAGUCGCCCGACUAUUUCAGCGUUGCGCCCAGCCAGAGCAGGAUGAGCAACGGAUCUUUCUACGUGGAGGAUCAAGCCGACGGAUUGGUUCAAUCAAUCCAGUCUCUGGUCGCGAGCAUCCGUGGCGAGGAAAGCAUGACUACUAUUCGUACCCACGUGUCGGCCAUUGCCUCGAUAGUCACAAACGUUGCGUCCUCCACAGAUCAUCUCAUCACCAAGCCGGACACCAACCAAGCCCUUCGUCAACGUGCUGGUGCUAGCAUUGAAACUCUCGAAUACCAAAGGAGCCGUCUCGUCGGCGCAGCCGCUGAGGGCGAAGGCGCCGCUGACCCUGAACAGCUUCGUACAUUCACGAACCAACUCCCGCCUAUCGCCUUCGAGAUCGCGCGUGAGACCAAAGAGCUUGUCCAGCGGUUGGACAUGACGGAUCAUGGUGAUGCGGAGGACGACGACUUCCGAUAG